CAAAGUGGAACUCUCCCUAAGAGGAUUAGGUCGUUAGCCAGCCUGCGGUCUUUUCAAUGGAUUCCCGGUUCCCAGAGCACAUUUUAGCAGCACUCCAUGCAAUAGCCAUAUCGGACAUAGUGUGAGAAAAUUGGUGAUAAUGCAUCCUGUCCCUGCCGAGUGGUGUAGGCGACUGAUCCGGGGAUUCUGAUGGAUUACAUUUGAUUUUAAAAGAUGACGUUAGUUUCUACCUGAUGGGAGCGCACGGGAACCCGUCGCCGGGAUUGCACCGGAGAGCGGUUUCCUGAAGGGGGGUUUGUUGAGAAGGUAACGCGGUUCUGACAUGAAGACUCGACCUGCGGGGAUCGGCAAUGCCAACGCCGACUGGAUGGGUUCGCUCCCAUCCAAGCUCAGUGCCAUGCCCCUCAAACACCUCGCCGUGCCUGGUUCUCACGAUUCCUUUACCUACUGGGUGGAUGUGCACGCUCCUGUGGGACCAGAUCAGAAGGCAUAUGUAAAGUACCUGGCCACCAUGUUCAGCGUCUUAGCCAAGAAAGUCAUGGUGAAAUGGUCCAUGACUCAGAAUCUGACAUUUAAAGAGCAGCUGGAUGCAGGAAUACGCUACUUUGAUCUAAGAGUCUCCUCCAAACCAGGUGAGCCUGGAAAAGAGAUCUACUUCAUCCACGGCCUGUUUGGACAUAAGGUGAGGGAUGGCCUGUUAGAGAUUAACAACUACUUAAGCAGACACAGGAAAGAGAUUGUCUUUCUAGACUUCAACCACUACUACGCAAUGAACGCAGAGCAUCACAAGUACCUGAUCAGCAUGCUCCAGGAAGUGUUUGGCAGCAAGCUUUGUAACAAUGGUGCAGUUGAGGGCAUCACCCUGGACUACCUGUGGGAGAAAGGAUACCAGGUGAUUGUAUUUUACCACCAUCAAUCAGCUCAGGAUAUCCCAAUCAUGUGGCCAGGCAACAAGAUCCCUGCUCCCUGGGCCAACACCACUGAACCACAUAAGCUCACACAGUUCCUGGACACCACGCUGAAGGAAAGAGCAAAGCAGGGCUCCUUCCAUGUGUCUCAGGCCAUCCUCACACCCAGGGUCAACACAGUGGCAAAGGGCCUGGUCUGGGGGCUACGCAACUACCUGGUCGAGAGAAACCUGCCAACCAUCAUGUCCUGGGUGGAGGCUCAGAGGCCGGGGGUGGACGGGGUCAACAUCAUCACCUCUGACUUUGUGGAACUCACAGAUUUUGCUAACAUUGUUAUCCAACUCAACAACCUGCUGCUGUCUGAAAAGGACAGCAAGUCAAGAUAACACAUGUUUGCACAACUGGACAAAUUUGUGCUUACCAAUGCUGGAAAUAGGAUUGCAGAUUCUUCCACCUGGAAUGAUUCAGUGCAUGAGUCCUGCAAAUUGGUUUCAAUCAAUGUGUUUUUUAAAAUAAUUAUACAAAUGUAUAAUGUUAAACACCUAAGGCAUUUUUUUCAUCAUCAGAGAGAAGGUAGCCAUUUCUGUAUGAAGCAGGGAUUCUGUAGACAUUUGAAUGAAAAGUUGUACACCUUAAAAAUCACUCAACUUUGAUGGCUUUUUAUGACUUUAUUAGAGAGGAGGACAGUGGAUAUUGUAGGAAAACCAUGAUGAGAGAGUGGAGAAUGACAUGCAGCAAAGUGCCAAGUGUCAGAGUGGGACCCAGGCUGCCUGCUUCGACGGCUAUAGCCUCUGUACAUGCAAAAUAACCACUAGGCUAUCCAGCCUACCCUUACCCUCAACUAACUAUUAGAAACAUAAACAUUUCAAAUUUAGUUGCCCGGGCAAAACUGUGCUCCAACAUCAUGCAAAAAGUCCAAAAGAGGAAAGGAAUCCGUAGAUAAGAUCACAGAGCCCGGCCCAUA